AGGAGGGUUUUUAGAAAUAGGAAAACAGAUUCCAACAAGAGAYAUAGUCUUUGCCAUUCAAGCAUUCAACCACAACAAGAGUAUCAACAGCACUUAGUUCUUCAUUUUACUGUGGCCCACUCCUCUGCUUUCACCAUGGGUGGAAUCAUUGGGACAUCGAAGAACGUUGACGAUGGCUACACGGACAGCAAAAACGAAAAUAACAAACGCCAAUCGGCUACCUCCACAGAGACAGCUGAAUCCACGCAAGCAACAAGCCCCACGGAGCCCCCUUCCAAGAAGAAACGGGUCGAACAACCCCCAAGCAGCAKCGCCGCUGGAGGCAAUCACCAACAACCGCAGAUGGCAAAACCCCGAGGCGGCAAAUCCACGUCCAAAAAGAAAUUGAAAACCAAACACAUGGAUCCAAAAAUCCUCAAAGUUCGAAAGACGAUUCAGGAAGGAUGCCGAACGAACGAUCUAGCCUCGGCGAUGGAUGCCUACGAGGGAGCCAUCCGCGACAAUGUUCGSAUCGAAGCCCAAUCCUAUUACAACUUGCUGAAUCUGUGCGAUGGGCUGGACCGGGAGGACAGGAAACUCCACGUCGGGACCCCAAAAGUUGUCGAAUCCCAAAAAGAUUCUACGGGUAGCCAGGGUGGCAGCAUUCCGGAGACCCUUGUUGCUAGUAAAGAAAAGAAACAAAUCGAUUCAAAGAAACGACAAGAGUAUGUUUUUGCCAUCAAGAAGCGAAUGCAAUCAAAGGAAAUCAAUCUCCCGUUGAACGAGACCGCCUACAGCGCACUUGUCAAGAUCUUGUCGAAAAACAAAGAAUUUUCAAAAGCGGAAGAAAUYCUGGUGGAAGCCGAGGGGGUUCAGCAGUGCAAGCCAAAACUCCGCCUGUAUGCCAGCCUACUACACGCCUAUUGCCAAGAGGAGUCAAGGGUCGUCGAUGCCCUCGGAUGCUGGAAGCGGCUGCGAAAGCGAGCUUCAUCCACCAAGGCCUUCAAGGGAAGUGACAAGAACUCGGAAAACGCCGACGGAAUGGAUCUGACCGAGCGCGAGUAYUUGUCCCUUAUCCAGUGCGCGGUUCGGGCCAAGAAGGGAGAAGGUAACGACCUGGUGAUGGAAGAUGCCCUCACCCGUCUCGCGGAGGAUAUCCCGGUUCCGGCCAAGGCGACGGCCGUAGCCAUUGCGGAUUGGUUUCGACAGCAAAACAAUCACAUGGUKRCAACCGCAACGCAAGAAGCARGAAAACAAAACAGCGAUUCUUCGAAGGCAACAGCGACAAUACAGGCUUUGUUGAACGAAAUCCGGACCUACGAUACCGUCUCGGAACCGUCUCCUCGAAUGGGCCCCGUCACUCUCGCACCCGGUGAGCAAUGGACGAUUAGUCCAGCGUGUUCGAUUGAUGGAASCACAGGAAUGCUCAAAGAUGGUUGCCUCGAGGGAUCAAAGCUCAAACCCGUCCCCCUUUCGGAUGGAUCCUUUGCAGAUAUGGUCGCUAUGAACGAAUCGAUCGUAACCGACGGAACCAUCAAGGGAAAYGCCAAUGCUAAGUUCCAGGGCGGACGAAAGGGAAAGCGACGGACAGAUUUUUCCGUUUCUGACCGCAAACAGGAGUGGAAAUGCUUCCAGGACUUCUUGGACCGCGGGGUACGGGAUACGGGACGCCCCUACGAUGUUGUUGUCGACGGUGCCAACAUUGGCUAUUUCAAGAAGAACUUCGCAUCGGCCCCAAAACACGUCGACUACGAACAGAUCGAUUGGGUCCUUCGGCACUUUUUGCAGACGCUCGGGAAAAAGGUCCUGCUAGUUAUGCACCACCGGCACUUUUCGAGGCACAUGCUCCCACACAAGUACCGCCCACUCUGUGAUGCCUGGAGAAACGAGGGCCUCCUCUACGCCACUCCGCCAGGGAUGAACGACGAUUGGUUCUGGAUGCACGCGGCCCUAAAAUACAAGACCCUCGUCGUGACCAACGACGAGAUGCGGGACCACCACUUUCAGAUGCUAGCACCGAAAUUCUUUUUGCGCUGGAAGGACCGACACCAGGUCCACUUUGAUUUCGGGAGCUACGUGACGGAUUCGUCGUCCUUGUURUCGAAUCCCCGCAUCGACCGCCCAAAGAGGCCCCGKGAGGUCCUCCUGACCUACCCGGACGCGUACUCUCGYAGAAUCCAACGGGUCGACGAUGGGCUGGUUGUCCCGCUUGCCAAGCGCGGUGAUGAGAACCGCUUCCUAGACGGAUGCCACGUUGCCAGUGACCAAGAGCCGGAAGAGGAACUCUAUCUCUGCAUCCGACCUAGCAAACAAACCAAGAAAUAAGACACGUGGAAAUGAACAAGCUGACCAAAAAUAAAACAAGACUUUAAGAAUAUAAAGCGAGAUAAGCCAUUUGGACUAACACGUCUAUUUUGGGSGGUUGUAUACACUACGUAAUGUAACAACAAGAUCGAAACAUGGUGAGCAUUAAUCUACAUCUGCUUCAAAAUUCCCGUCAGGYCUCCAAUCACUAGAUUCCAAUAUGAUCAGAUAAUCCUCUCUUCCCAGUCAAUACAAGUUUAAUCUCAAA